AUGAAAAAAGUCGUGUUGGUUGGUGUGUUGGCUUAUUUGGCCAAUCAUGUCGGCGAAUUGGAAGCAUAUUUUGUCGGCGCUGGUUUAAAUGUCCGCUUCGGUCAACUCCUGUACACUGACAGCAAAUAUCAAGUUCUUCGAGAGGAGAUGAUAAAGGCUAACACUCGGAACUUAGUAUACCACUGCAGGGCGGACAAAAGCGACUGUGACGCUGCACUGGCCAAAAUGAGAUAUAAAGCUAGCAAACACUUCUAUGCACUGUCGAAGGCUGUAGUAGACUAUGUGAAAAAUAAGAGACAGGCGAGACCCACUGGAUAUGUAGGUACUGCUACGUUCUGCCAGGACAACAUAUGCGUACCAGACACAGAUCCGCCCAUCGUUUUUGGCGGCUGUUUCACUCUCAUCUCAUGCGGCGGCAACCAGACCUGGCACCUGGACCCUAUUGUAUACAAAAACAAAAAGAAAGGAAGAUUCUAUUAG